AUGAACACCAACACCACUCUCAUUCAGAAACCACCCAUGAUACCCAGCAACAAGAAUUGGAACAGCACUCCCUUCAUGACCACCCUCACCCACAAGCUCAUGACACCCACCAGCAACCCCACGAAUCUCACGAACCACACCACUCUCACGAUUCCAACAACCAGCAUCAAGAUCUCACUGAGCAACACCAUGGCUCACCCGACACCGAUCGCUUCACAAACGCGAAUGAUCAGCAGCAGCAGCAGGGCCGCAUUCGGUGCCGCCGUUCAGAGUACGGAUCCGCGACUCAACGACUACCUCACUGCUGCUUCAGCCCCGGAACCCGAAUCUCAGCAGCAGCCGGCACCAGUAUCGGUAUCGGUAGACGUGUCGGUCUCGAGCUCACUGUCCGUUCAAGCUUCCCUGCCUAUUCAGCUGGCACAACAAUCACCACUGGAACAGCAGCAGCAGCAGGCUCUUGUACAUCCUCAGUUGCCACCACAUCUACAUCAGCAUACACAAGUAACACAACCUUUGACAUCAGCAGCGGCUGCGCCAUCGCCGCCUUCACAACAACAUCCUCAGGAGCAGCAGUCGCCAACUACACCAGUAGCACCAUCAUCAGGGAGAAUUAAGCCUAUCCCCAAACCAGUUCGUCAAGCUACGAAGAAUGCCGAGGGGAAGUUCGUUUGUCUGUGGCCGGGUUGUGUGGAGGAUAUCAAGGAAUUCGGUCGCAAAUGCGAGUGGAAUAAACACAUGGACAAGCACGACCGCCCUUACAAAUGCGGCGCCGUAGGUUGCGAGAAGCUACCAGGCUUCACCUACUCCGGCGGCCUUCUGCGUCACGAGCGCGAAGUACACGGCAAGCACGGCGGGCCCAAAAACCCGUUGCAUUGUCCGCAUGAAAGCUGCAAGCGCGCCACUGGCAAGGGGUUCUCUCGGCUCGAAAACCUCAAUGAGCAUCUCCGAAGAGUCCAUACCCAUAAUGCUGAUGGCACAACACCAACAACAACAAACGGCGGGAUAGGGAUGGGCAUGGGCCUGGGUAUGGGUAUGGCGAUGGGUAUGGGGUUAUCAAAUGGUUGCACCAACAUGCACGACAUCGAAUCCGACGAGGCAACCAGUGAUGACACGCUCGGCGGACAUGCCCAACAUCAACACCAACACCACCACCAGCACCAAACCCCAUCAGCAGGUCCCGGUCCAUCACAUUCCCACCACCAACUUCUAACAUCCCUAAAACGAAAACGACGUCGCGAUGACCUAGAUGGUUGUAGCGGUGAGACGUCCGAACUGCGAGAAGAAAUCAAGCGUCUACGACAAGAAAACGAGGAACUAAGAGAACAAGUCCAAAAAAACACGCAACAGACGACGUUACUGGUGCAGAAACUGCAGGCGCUUACGGAGGCUAUGGCGCUGCCUGUAUCGGUGUCGCCAGUGCCGACGCCGAGGACGAACAAUAAUAAUAUGGCGCCGACGGUGCAGAUGACGGCCGCGGCGCCGGUGGCGGCGUCGGUGGCGGGUGCGGGUGCGUCUUCGUCGCCAGCGUAUUAG